UUUAAACAACUAGAAAAAAAAGUAGAGCCAGCACGUUCAAAGCUCAGAGUAUUUUUUAUAUUGUUGCUUUUCCCUUUAUUCCAUCUCCUCCCAAUUGUGUCUCCAUUGUUGGAGCUUCUUUGUACUGCAAACAGAUCCAGAGUUGCCCUCGAUGUCAGGACUGUUUGCAUCUCUGUCUGUAGGAAGGGCAUGGGAGAAGCUCUCUUCCUUCCUGCGCGUUUCCUCCACGGCGCCCUCUUCCUCCUCCUCAGCGAGCCAGCAGGACGACCUGGAGGAGCUGCGGAAGCUGGAGAGGACCAUGCGGCGUAUCCGGGCGACCCUGCAUGAUGCCGAGGAGCACUGGAACAUCCGGGAGGAGUCUGCCAAGCUGCGGCUCAAGGAACUCAAGGAAGUGGCGUACGACAUCGAGGAUGUGGUCGACGAGUAUGAAUACGAGGUAAACCGGUGUGAACUGGUGGCUCUGGACCGAUCUGUCAGCGUCCCAAACACCGGCAAGCGCAAGCAUCAAGAGGAUAAUGAGUCCAGUUUGGCGCAUCCUGCCAUAGUGGCAGUUCCCCAUGACUUGGUUCUUCGAGCAAGAAAAAUAACUGAGAGAUUCAAUGAGAUCAUACAUUACUCUGAACAUUUGAAUUUGUCAGAGAAUGAUGGACAGAGACGGUUUGCUCCAGAUAUCAGCAGUCUGCGGCACACUAGCUCUGUCGUAUUUGAGAAGAGCAUUUUGGGACGAGACCAAGACAAAGUCAAGAUAAUUAAUAAGUUAUCUGGGGAAUGGCGAAAUGUUGGAAAUCCUGUUUCUGUCAUGGCCAUUGUUGGUAUGGGUGGACUGGGCAAGACAACGCUAGCGCAGCUUGUCUAUAACAACCCAAGGGUGAGCCAGUCCUUUGACAAGCGUGCCUGGGUUUGUGUGUCUGAGCAUUUUGAUGUCAAUACAAUUACAAGGAACAUCAUUACUUCCCUAACGAGUGAGCAGUGUUUGUAUACUGAACUUGCUGAUCUUCAGAUGAAAUUGGCAAAUGAAGUAAAUCAGAGAAGGGUUUUGCUUGUGUUGGAUGACAUAUGGAAUGAGAGAAGAGACUCUUGGGAGUUGUUCUGUAAGCCUCUAUCAGCUGUGAAGUUCUGCCAGAUCAUAGUAACCACUCGGAGCGAGCAAGUCGCAAGAUUGAUACAGACUAUGCCUUGCUAUCACUUAAGUUGUCUGAGUUCUGAUGAAAGUUGGUCAUUGUUCAGUCAAGCGGCCUUUAUUGCUGAGAAAGAAUCUGAUAUUCCAACAAACCUGAGAAAUAUUGGCAAGUGUAUCGUUCAAAAGUGUAAAGGCUUGCCACUAGCAAUUAAGACACUAGGAAGCAUGUUACGCUUUGAAACUGAUGAAAGGAGAUGGGAUGAUGUCCUAAAAAAUGAAUUGUGGGACUUUGAACAACCACGAAAUGAGGUGCUACCAGCAUUGGAAUUGAGCUACAAGCACAUGCCUGUACACUUAAGACGGUGCUUAAUUUCGCUAGUUCUGUACCCUAAAGAUUCUAGUCUUUCUGUUGGUGAAGUGAUCCGAUUGUGGGAAAUGCUUGACUUGAUUCAUUGUGAUGGAAGUCAUGACGGCUAUGCAGAAGGAGAACUGUAUUUGAAGGAGUUAGUUCAGAGGUCAAUGCUUCAGAUGGAUGCCAUUUCAUACUGCUUGCAUGAUCUUGUCCAUGAUCUUGCAUGCUUUCUUGCUGGGGAGGAGUUCUACAGAAUUGAAGGGGAUCCACAUACUGAAAUUCCACAAAACGUUAGGUAUAUGUCCAUACAUAAAUAUAUCACAACAGCUGACAUUUCAGUUUUUCCACACUCCGUCAGGGCCAUCUUAGUGCUACGAGAGUUAGGAAAUAUGAAUCAAGUUAUGGUUCCAAAAGCAUUAUUUUCCAACUGUAAGAAGUUGAGGGCCCUUGACAUAAGUCACAGCAAGAGACUUCGAAUGGUAUUGCCUGACUACAUGGAAAACCUGAAAUUGCUACGCCAUUUGUCGCUUACAGAAAAGCCAAUUAUGUCAAUGGAACCGGACCCUCUGUAUACACUAUCGGUGCAUAUCCAGAAUCUAGCACUAAACAAAAUUGGGCAUUUAAUUAGGCUCCAUUCUUUGUCAGAUAUACGCAUCACCCAAAGUUGUUGCAGUUUCAACAUAAGAGAGCUGAGGAACAUCAACCAAGUUAGGGAGCUGAGUAUUGAUGGAUUGAGUAACGUUCGUCAUAUCAGGCAUGCAAAUGAAGCCCAACUACAGAGGAAAAAACACCUCCGUUCACUACAUUUGGGCUUCCAUGAUGUAAUUGAACAGUGUCCAUGUGGCCUGCAACCAGAAUCAGUGAAAAUACCACACGACCAACUACUUGGUAGCUUGCGACCACACUACAACCUACGUGAACUGAGCAUAACUUCUUAUGAUUCAGCAAUAUACCCCAGUUGGCUAGGGGAUCGUUCCUUCUUCAUGUUGACAAUCAUAAGAUUAUCCUGUGGCCAAUCCAAACACCUCCCAAUGCUUGGUGGUUUACCUUCGCUCAAGAAUCUCCAUGUUAGCCAAAUGAACUCAGUGGAAGACAUUGGCCGUGACUUAUUCGUCAGACAGUUUGCAGGAGAUGAAUACUUCCCUUCAUUGACAAACCUGAAUUUCAUGUUCUUGUCGGAGUGGUCAGAAUGGUCUGUAUUGGGUGAUGCUGAACCUCCAUUGCUAAAUGAACUUUCACUAUUCAUGUGCGAAAAACUGAGUUCUCUUCCAUUGGGGCCACUUCGGUGUUUGGUAAUCCUGAAUCUUAGUGAGUGUCAUAGCAUUGCUACGUUACCUGCACUGCUUGCUCUUCGUAAACUAAAGAUUUAUGGAUGUUCUAGUCUAAGCGAAAUUCCUACUCUCCCAUCACUUUCGAAAUUGAACAUAUCGAAAUGUCGAAAACUUAGUUCCAUUGGUCUCCACCCCUCCUUCACCACCUUGCAGCCUCACAGCUCUUCAGACCCAGGUAUUGGUGCAGUAAGUUCCCUCCCCAAGCUCACAGAAUGCAACCUAGCGACCUGUCCAAAUCUUAGUGCAGUUUGUUACCUCCCUUCACUCAGUACCUUAGAUCUCAUGUUUCGAAUGAGAGAUGAGUUACUGUACUGUCUGCUGAACGACCUCCCAUCAUUGAACAGCUUAACAAUUUCUUCUAGUGAUGUUACAUCCAUACAUCUUAAACACAAAAGUCUUCCCUCACUUACAAGGCUCUGCUUAACAUGCUGCCAUAAUCUCCAGUACUGUGAUGGGCUUCCUAUUCUCACUUCCCUUGAGCAUCUGGAGGUUUGUCACUGCCCAAAGCUCCCUAUAUAUAAUCUGCAUCCAUCACGACUGAAAACUCUUAUCAUUAAGUAAAUGAACAGCAAGUUCAACUCCUCUGCUUACUUGGCAGCCUGAGGCAUCUAAAUUCUCUUAGGAAUUAGGAUUUCUUCUUGGCCUCUGAUAUUCCUGAUGGAGUACUCUACGAAUCACAUGUACACAGGUAUUUUGGAAUGGAGCCAGCUAGGGCUAGUAAUAUUUUCUGUUCAAUCCUUGGUCCAAUUGUUGUCACGAUCCAUUCACCACAACAAAAGGCGUAUUAUUAUAUAGUUGUUAAUUUAAAUACAAGUUAGGAUCCGUUUGGAUGUAGGUAUUCAGGUGAAGGGAUUGCAUUGGGCUACCAAUAUCAAAUCUGGGUUUAAAUGGAAAUGGCGUAAUGCAGUGUUGCUGUUUGGAUAUUUAUGUAAUGGGUAGUUGGAAUCAAAGUGUUCCUAUUUCUUCAGUGGUCUUA